AUGAGCGACGGCCGAAACGGCAAGGCCAGUGUAGGGGAGGGAGCAACGAACGAGUCGGGGAGGCCCAUCUGGUGCUCCAAUGUUAAUAACGGUGCACUCUUGCUUGGAAAGGGCCGUGCCUGUACAACGUGGUCAGCAAACGGGUGGAACACAAGGGCGGACCACACGGCUUAUUGGGCUGUGCCGACUGGCAGCUCCCUCACCGGCCAUGGUCCGCGCCAGAAGGAUCAAAUCCAAAGGUUGGACGCACUCAGCAGACUGGGCCGACGACUGGCCAGUGCCGUGGCCUUUUCCUUGCCCUUGGGGGAGGCAGAUGGGCUCGAGGACGACGGCGAGCUGGAGUAG